CUCUUUCUCCUUCACUCAGCUACUUAAUAAAUAAAUGAAAAACCAAUAAACAAAAAUGAAAAAAAGAGAGUUGAGAUUAGAUUACUGUGUCCAAGCAGAAACGGCUGUUAUGUUUUUCUAAGCAGGAGGGACGGUGGUGGGUCUAUCGCUUCACAAUUAGCUGGCCGUUUUCUUCAAAUCCCAUUUGACUCUAUUUUGUUGUUUUUAUCUCCUCAAUACCAAAAACCAGGUACUACUACCCAUCAAUCAAUUUUUUAAGAGUUCAUCAGCAAGAAAAUUAGAGAUCAGAAAUGGGUUUUGUGUUUCAUCUUGUUUGGUAAAGUUUUUUUUUUUUAGUAUAAUGAUGAAGAAGAAUCUGGAUUUUCUCUCUUGAAAGGUACUCCCUUAAUUUUUUGUUGUGUACUACACUAAUUUUUUCAAUUUUUUUAAGUACUAUUGAAAUUAGGUCUACUGAUUUGCUUGUAUCUGUAAAGGAAACCCUAAUUAAGUAGAGCAGUUGAAAGAUUUCAAUAUUUUUGUUCUGUGGUUGGAUUUGGGUUUUGGGUGUUGUUCUUGUAUUCUCAAGAUGGGUGUUAGAGGAGGGCUUACAUUGGUCAUAUGGGUUGCAUUGAUUUUGUGUUAUGUGUAUGUGUGUAAUGGAUUUAGUCCUAUAGAUAGUUUCUUGAUAGAUUGUGGAUCGCCGGCCAAUACGUCGAUUGGUGAUCGGCUUUUUCAGCCGGAUACCUCCGAUUCGAAGACACUUUCAACCCCAUCAGACAUUUUGGCAAAUACUACUGGGAUUUUAGACUCGGCUACCUAUGGUUUGCCUCUAUUUCAGACUGCUCGGGUAUUCAAUGGUACUUCGUCUUACACAUUUCGCAUGCAGAAGGCCGGUAGACACUGGAUUCGGUUAUAUUUCGCUCCGUUCAUUUACCAAAGCUAUGAUAUGAGUACUGCAAAAUUCUCUGUUGCGACCCAGCAGUUUAUCCUUCUUAGCGAUUUCCAGAUUCAGAAGGAUUCGGUUGUUAAGGAAUUCUCUGUCAACGUAAACGCAGGCGACCUCAAUAUCCAGUUCACUCCAGCCAGCGGGUCAUUUGCUUUCUUGAAUGCGUUGGAAGUUGUUUCUGUACCUGAUGAGCUCAUAACCGAUGAUGCUACAAAUGUGCCUUCAAAGGCUAAUUUUCAAGGUCUGGCAAAGCAAGCAUUGCAAACGCUAUGGAGAGUGAAUAUGGGGGGACCUAAAGUGUCCCCAACUAAUGAUACUCUUGGCCGAACUUGGAUUCCUGAUGAUAAUUUUUUAGCGAGCAAGAAUCUCGCCAGAAAGAAGACGGGAAUUGUCAAGUAUGUAGAUGGUGGACCUUCCAGGGAUAUUGCUCCUGAUCCUGUCUAUGGCUCUGCCAGAGAGAUGAAUACUGGAGGUGACCCCAAUAGCAAGAUCAACGUGACGUGGACUUUCGACGUGGAUCCUGGAUUUCAGUACUUCAUUAGGUUUCACUUCUGUGAUAUAGCAAGUCCCGCUGCUAACCUGCUCAGCUUCAAUGUUUACGUCAACACAUGGGAAGCACGUCGCAGUCUCGAGUUUCCUACUCUGGGUACUCCUUCUUUUUAUGACUUCGUUACAGAGCAAAGUGAGAGUAAUAAGCUUAGCGUAAGUAUUGGUCCUUCAACUGACACUGCUGAUGCUUUUCCAAAUGCCAUUCUAAAUGGGCUGGAGAUUAUGAAAAUGAAUAGUUCUUCAAAUAGUCUUGGUGGUACACCGUUCAUGGCCUCUAAAGCUGGUUCUGAGAUGAAACUUGGUAUCAUAGUGGGAGUCGCUAUUGCAGUAAUUGCUUUGAUCUUGGCUAUAGUUGUGUUCCUCAUUUGUAGAAGAAGAAAAAGAUUGGCAAAGCUCCAGGAAUCGAAGAAUUGGGUUCCUUUCUCCAUGAACAUGAACGGAGGGAAUACAACUACCAUGGGAGGAAGGAAAUAUACAGGUACUACUAAUAAUACCAUCACAAACCUUGGUUACCGUGUUCCUUUAGUCGCAUUGCAGGAUGCCACGAACAAUUUUGAUGAGACAUGGGUUAUUGGGGUUGGUGGAUUCGGGAAGGUUUACAAGGGAGAAUUGGUAGAUGGUACAAAGGUGGCAGUAAAGAGAGGCAAUCCACAAUCGCAACAAGGUCUUAAAGAGUUCUUGACAGAAAUUGAGUUGUUAUCCCGGUUCCGUCACCGCCAUUUGGUGUCUCUGAUUGGGUACUGCGAUGAGAAGAAUGAAAUGAUCUUAGUUUAUGAAUACAUGGAGAACGGAACCCUCAAAGGACAACUCUAUGGCUCCGAUUUUCCUACUUUGAGUUGGAAGCAGAGGGUGGAGAUAUGCAUUGGAUCGGCUAGAGGACUUCAUUACCUUCACACUGGCUCUGAAAAGGCAAUCAUUCACCGAGAUGUGAAAUCUGCAAACAUUCUACUCGACGAGAAUCUCAUGGCUAAAGUUGCUGAUUUCGGUUUAUCAAAAGCAGGGCCUGAACUCGAUCAAACUCAUGUUAGUACUGCAGUGAAAGGAAGUUUUGGGUACUUGGAUCCAGAGUAUUUCAGAAGACAACAGUUAACAGAGAAGUCAGAUGUCUACUCGUUUGGCGUUGUUUUGUUUGAAGUUCUUUGUGCAAGACCGGUUAUUGAUCCAUCUCUUCCGAGGGACAGAGUGAAUUUGGCAGAAUGGGCAAUGAAGUUUCAGAAACUGGGGCAGUUGGAUCAAAUCAUCGAUCCUAAUCUCGUUGGUAAAAUAAGACCUGAUUCUCUAAGGAAAUUCGGAGAGACAGCUGAGAAAUGUCUGUCUGAAUACGGUGUUGAUCGUCCGUCAAUGGGAGAUAUCUUAUGGAAUCUGGAGUAUGUUCUACAACUUCAAGAGGCAGUCCUGCCAGACGAUCAUGAAGAAAACAGUACUAACAGAAUAGGUGAACUCUCACCACAAGUCGAGGACAUUGUCCACACGACAACAGGUACUGGCGCUGGCGCUGGCAAUGUCACUGAUACCCAAAUCGACAUUGGGGAUGAUGAUAUUUCAGGUAUUUCAAUGAGCAGAGUUUUCUCACAGAUGGUGAAAGCAGAAGGAAGGUAAGAAGAUACAAGUGAAGAUGGGGGGUCUAUAGCGUCAAGUUAGUGUCAAGUGCUCGUCGUACCCUUGGUUGUUGUCUGUGUGUGCCAAUAAUAUAUUCACCAAGAACUGGUGAGUUUCUUUUUGUACAGAGCAACAGGAGAGGAGCACCACAUUUAAGUUACCUGACACGAACAAAAGCAUCAUUGCAGUGUUAAAGUUCGUUCAUUUUGUUUUAUAUAUCUACGAAUUGCGCCGCAAUCGGAAAAAAUACAUUCACUUCUGCGAAUUACUCAGAAGCGUCUGUGUUAUCUAUUCAGUUGAUAUGUACUUUUGAUUGUGUUUGUAUUUUGUUUUUUUUUAAUUAUUUUUUUCGAAAUAGAUUUACUGAGGAAUUCUUUCAUUUGAAAUAUGCU